AUGAGCGCGGGCGACCGUGGCGCGACAUCUUCGGCGCCAGAGGUCUUCAGCUUCAAGGCGUUAUGCGAUACUCUUGAAGCAGAAACCAGAUGUCUUAGUAGAUUAGCCUCUGCGCCGCCCGAGAAGCCGAACGCCGCUGACGGUAACCGUGAACGGAAAUGGACUGAUGGAGAG